AUGGCAACUGACAUGUGCCAGCACCCACAUCUCUCACCAGAAGAGACGUGGAAGUCACUCUUCACUCCUCAGCCGAAGAACAUGUCGGCUGAAGAAACCAAGGCGCUGCAAAAAGUCAAGGAGAAGCACUCGCUCUUCACUCCAUCGCUGAAGCCCGCACACGAAGUCAUGCUCGACUUGUUGAGAGAGAACGAGCCCGAUACAGUUACCAUCGUGGCAGUUGGACCGCUGACAAACCUCGCUAUCGCCGCUGCGCAAGAUCCCGAGACGUUUUUGAAGGUUAAGGAGGUAGUCGUCAUGGGCGGUGCAAUCGAUGCGCCUGGAAACAUGACCCCCGGCGCCGAAUUCAACACCUACGCCGACUCCGUAGCCAGCGCGCGCGUCUUCGCCCUCACAUCCGCAAACCCGCACCUCACCAUGCCCCCCUCGCUCUCAAACUCCCAGAAGAAACACCAACUCCCACCGUACCCAAAAACGCUCAGCAAGCGCCUAACCAUCAAACUCUUCCCGCUCGACACAACAGAACUACACGUCCUGCCCAAAACCAUGUACGAAGACUACAUCGCCCUAAAACCCAUCCACGGCUCCCCCCUCUCCGAAUGGACCAGCCUAUUCCUGACCUCCACGUUCGCGAAAAACCUAUCCCUAAACCCCCAACAAGACCCCACGAAAUCCGGACUCCAACUCCACGACCCGCUGACGAUCUGGUACGCUUUAUGCCCUUCCAACCCUUUGUGGAAGUUCAAAGAGGAGGAUGUGAGGGUUGAGACGAGUGGGCAGUGGACGAGGGGCUGCACGAUUGUGGAUCGGAGGGGGAGGCCGGUUACGGAGGGGGAGAGCAGUUUGGACGAGGAGGUUGUGGGGGAUGCGGGGGGGUGGAGGGAUAGUAGGAGGGGGAAUCGGGUUGGGUGGUGUACGAGGAGUCCCGGGGAGGGGAAGUUUGCGAGGGUGUUGUUGCAUAGGGUGCUGGGGGAUGGGGAACAGUGGUAG